AUGAAACUAAAGGCAUUUAUCGGAAGAAGGAAUCGGAAGGAAGAGAACAAGAAGAGCUUGGGGGCUGGAAGGAUGAGUUUCAGACGCCAUCAUCCCAGUACCCUCGUUCUCCUCGGAGAGGGGGGAGCGGGGAAAAGCAGCCUGGGGAAUCUCCUCCUCGGGGAAGAGAAGCGGUUCAAGGUCACGAAGAGGAGGAACAAUCCCUCCUUGUCCACGCCCGCUUCUGCCGCCAAGGGCGGUAAGCUUAUCGCCUCCCUCCAUGCCACCCACGUCCUCCAAGCGGAGAUGUCCAAAAAGGCAGCCCCUCGAGGUCGAGGGUUCCGGGUGGUUGACACACCGUGCUUGGACGUUUUACGUGAUCGACCAUCUCAAGCUGACCGAUUUGUCAGGGAUAUGGGUGAACUUCAACGUGUCAAUGUCUUUGUUCUUGUCAUGGACUCUGUGAAUGCUCGAAUGACUCAGGGAGUGUGGGACCUGCUGAACAUGGUGAGGGGUCUGUAUGGGCUUGAGGCACUGAAUCAUCUUAUGAUUGUGUUCACUAAUUGGCCUUUGGACAGUACCUCCAUUGAGAAGCGGAGACGUAAUGGCGUUACGCGGGAAAGGCACCAGGGAGAUGUCGUUCUGCCCAUCCACUACCAGGACCGCUUAGAUAAUCUCCUCUGUGAUUGGACUGAGACAAGGGACCAUUUGGAGAGUGAACUGCAGAGGGAAUGCAGUAUCUCAUCAGACCAACGACUCAAACGUCAUGCUCAGCAGCUCCGCAUGAGAAUGGAACUGGCUGACAAGGCCAUUGAACAUGAGGUUGCGUCUGAGGGAGUGAGCAUCGAGAGUGUGAAGAGUCAGCUGGUGAAGGAAUUGGAGGAGCUGGUACGACUCCAGAUGGAGAUGGUGGAAACGAAGCUCUACCUCCAGACGGUGAAGCAGAGAUGCAGUCAAAUCUCACAGGUGAUUCACAGCAUUGCUGGUCUCCUUGGUCCAUACCAUCGCAUCACGAACAAGGCCAACAUUGCUCUUCGUCUCCUGUCUGAGGUAUCUGACUAUGCCUUGGCCGAAGAUGAAGACGAUGAAGAGAACAACAACUGAUGCCUCCCCUGAGCCUCUCAUGCUUGGUGUUUCCUGAUGAGGAUGCAUCAGAAUAAAAUUUUUGUCAGUUCCUUGUGAUAUGAAUACCCCGGCCCAGAACAUUGUCUUUCGGAGGUCCUCCCCUUCCUCACAAUCAUUCCUUGUCCAGUAUCAGAAAUUAGCCUGUGAUUCAUUUGUGUUAUUGUCCAUUCCUUGCUUCUCUCCUUUGGGUUAGUAUUGGUGAGUGCUUGGUAUGUGUGUGUUGUGUGCUUUGCAAGAGGCUUAAAAGCUUUCCAGUCACACUUUUUUUGUGCAUUCAGAGGUGUCAUAGGAUCACUUUUUUUUUUUCUUGUGCAGGUUUGGUAAUAAAGAUUAUAAUGGGCAGUUCUUUGCAUCUGCUACUCAUGCCUAAUAUGACUGUGUACUGGAUUUGGAGCAUAGGUCUGUUUUGGCCCUUACUAGAUACCUUUCAUUCUUCUCCCCCACCCUCCUAUCUUUUUCCUUGGUACCAGAAGGUUGUGAUAUCAUAUAAGAAUAUGACAUAUAUUGAGUAUAACAUAUGUUGCUUGUAGUUCAGCGCACC